UGUGUGCGCGCACGGUGUUUCUCGCUCUCAUCCAUUUUUCACAUUACUCCGAAAACCGGAGAGACGACUGGGAGCCGCCAUCUUAAGGAGAAACCCUCCGCACUCUUCACCUGAAAAAAAGCCAACGGUGGGAAAAAAUAAUCGAGGAGUUGUCGCUCAUAAAACGCACGAGCCACUCCACUCAAUUGUCAAAGUAACUGUCAUGCGGUUGUGUGGGUGAACGUCGUGCGGUGACGCGCUCGUAGCGUUCGUGGUGGCCGUCAGUUGAGUGUACAGUAGUAGUGUGCCGACGUCCUCGGCUUGGAGCGGGCUCCGAGGGUUAAGUUAAUUGGUUUUAUUCCACCAAAAAAUAAGUACGCGAGUGUGUGUCAUUAAAAGGUCUAUUCGCACAAAAGUCAAGUGACCAAAAAAAUAAAAGCGGGUGAAUUUUGAGUAAAUCGUCGGUUGGAGUGAGGGGAGUUCAGUGCUUAUUGCUUAUGCAUUGUUGUGGGUUUAACAAGUGAGUGACAGGAUACGGGAGGGAAUUGUUGGCGUUGCCAAGCGCGAUAUACGGACGUCGGUGGCCCCAAGAGGAACGGCUGUGGCGGUUGUAAUUGACAGGAAAGAUGGCGCAAGGCGCGGACGAGGAGUGUUGACCUAUUUCGUCGGCCCCCCCGUGGAGUGCUAAACUUUGAAUCAUCAAUUUUCGGUGGUUAUUGGGUUGAUUAUUGUCCGAAGGAGCAUUGGCACCUGCUCGAUAGCGAGGAGCACCUGACGACACUGUCGUCGUAAAAUCAUUUGGAGAGAAAUUUCAAGGUCUGAGGUACACUCCUUUGCUAGGGGAGUGAGUUUCUCGUUUGCAAAGUUGUAGAAAAAGCCGCAGAAAUUCUGAAAAAAUUUGAUAUCCGUGGAGCCCUGGCAGGCUCGAGCACGGGCGGAAAAAUGGGCAACAAUGCCGCAACGGCUAAUAAAAAGGUUGACGCCGCUGAGAGUGUCAAGGAAUUUCUCGAUCAGGCGAAGGAGGAAUUCGAGGAGAAGUGGAAGAGAAAUCCGACAAAUACAGCUGGUCUGGAUGAUUUUGAGAGAAUCAAGACACUGGGUACAGGGUCUUUUGGUAGAGUGAUGAUUGUACAGCACAAACCUGCCAAGGAGUAUUAUGCUAUGAAGAUACUUGAUAAACAGAAGGUGGUAAAGUUGAAACAAGUUGAGCACACGUUGAAUGAGAAGAGAAUACUACAGGCUAUAAGUUUUCCAUUUCUUGUGUCACUGCGCUUUCAUUUUAAGGACAAUUCAAAUUUAUAUAUGGUGCUUGAGUAUGUACCUGGGGGAGAGAUGUUCAGUCACUUGAGAAAAGUGGGACGUUUCUCAGAGCCACACUCACGUUUUUAUGCUGCUCAGAUUGUCCUUGCUUUUGAGUACCUGCAUUAUCUCGAUCUUAUCUACAGGGAUUUGAAGCCUGAGAAUUUGUUGAUUGAUUCACAAGGGUACCUCAAGGUCACUGAUUUUGGAUUUGCCAAGAGAGUGAAGGGAAGGACGUGGACACUGUGCGGUACACCAGAGUAUCUUGCACCUGAGAUCAUCCUCAGCAAGGGCUACAACAAGGCCGUCGACUGGUGGGCACUGGGGGUUUUAGUUUAUGAAAUGGCUGCUGGCUAUCCACCAUUCUUUGCUGAUCAACCCAUUCAAAUUUACGAGAAAAUUGUCAGUGGUAAAGUGCGUUUUCCCUCUCAUUUUGGCUCCGAUCUCAAGGAUUUACUUCGCAAUCUACUGCAAGUCGAUCUUACCAAGAGGUAUGGCAAUUUGAAGGCUGGUGUUAAUGACAUCAAAGGACACAAGUGGUUUGCAAGUACCGAUUGGAUUGCGGUCUUCCAGAAGAGGAUUGAAGCGCCAUUUAUACCAAAGUGCAAGGGACCCGGGGAUACCAGUAAUUUUGAUGAUUACGAGGAGGAGCCACUUAGAAUCUCAGGUACGGAAAAAUGCGCCAAGGAGUUUGCCGAAUUUUGAAAUGGUUGAACACCAAGUACUAAAAAAAAUCUUAAAAAUCGUAAAAAAAAAUCUUUCAAAAUGUAUGUGAGGAGAGGUAUCGCACAUGGCUCGAAAACAUGAAAUCCGUUUUCCGGUGGAAAAACAACAGGCGGUUUAUGGUCGAGCGACUGAUCCCCAAAAAAAUAUUCAUCUAUCCAGGAAGUUGAUCCAAGGAGAAACAUCGCGGAUUGGUCGCUGCUGACGAACGCCGUUUGUGUUUUACACGAAACUCAAGAUAAAAUAAUAAUGAAAAACCCUCUUUACUGAAGCCACUCAUAAUAAUCGUAGCAAUGAGAACAAAAAACAAAUACUACCCACGUUCCCCACACCAUUCCAGAUGCGUGUGUGUGUGAGUGUGUCAAAAUGAAGUCCGGCAGGUGUAUUCUCCGAGCUCCAGCGUCCAAUAUUUUCAAGCAAGAAUGUUCGUUGAAUAAUCAUCUAGCUGUGAUUCUUAAUUUUUAAUUGCAAUUGGUUUCAACGAUUUGUUAUUUCAAAUAAACGUCACACCAAGUAUCCCAAUGAACUAGUCGUCAUCGCCCUCUCGAUGAGCAAAAUAGAAAAGGAAUCGAUGGUAAACAACCAGUUCUCAUCCUCCAAGAGGAUGCAGUCGAGGAACAUUCACGUGUGACUUGAAUGAAUCUCAAUCCAGUCGUUUCACCGACAAAAUAUUCUCUGCAUGGUACUGUUGACGGGAACGAACAAAAUCCCACUCCAAAAUGAGAUUAAGAGAGAGGAAAAUGUCCAUUAACAGCAUCACGACUCCAAAAAUAGCAUCACUGGUCGUGUCGACAUCUCUAUGUUUAGUGGCACUCGUAGUUUUUUUUCUCCCCCUCGCACGAGGGAUACCCUACAACUACCCGUUUAAACUCUAAACUGGAGGUGUUUAUGCCACGAAUACAUCCCAUUUGAGAGAGCCCCGUCAUGAGCCUCGAGCCCAAGGUGAAGAACACGAUAGUUCGUCACUAUCCAUCGAUGGAGUAUACCUUUGGUCUUCUCUUCAUUCGUUACGCAACAAACAUACUCCACAUCCCCAACAAUUAGUACGAGAGAGUGAACGGUAUACGAUGAAAAAUCCUUUUAUCUUUCCACCAGUCUUUGCAUCGUGGUGUCAAGGGCAUCGCCGACAAAAUGCAUCAAAUUCCUUCGCCGUGGAGCUCAAUGGGACCUUGAGUGUUUUAAAAUAAAAAAAUAAUAAUCCAGAGUUUUCGUGACGCCCCACCCCUCAACGUAGCGGCUAAAUGAAAAAUGGGAGUGGUAGUGAAUGCUAUAUUUUCCAGCUUUGUAAGUGAAAAUAAUAUCCCUCUAGUGAACUUUUUAUUUAAAAGAGUCAUUUAAAAACGUUAUUUCAUCAGUGAUCGAAUGCUGUGACUGUAGCGUUAAUUUUCGUUUAAUCAGACGUCAUAGAAAUUCCAUAAAUGAUGAACCGAGAGAAUGAUAAGAAUUGUAUAUCCAGGGCAUUGUCACAAGACUAGUUAUAGGUCUCGUCCUCGACAUUAACAAAUGCAAUCUACAGGUCUCGAAGCAAACGCUAUGAAGAUUAUUUUAAUGAAGUCAUUGUUCAACAUGAAUGUGAAUGGUCGUAAUUUUAUUACUAUAAUUACAGCGGACAGAGAAUGGAUAACGGUAAUUGAGCGAAAUUCCCGAGUGUUGUGUGAUAGAGUAACAAAAAAAAAAUUGAAGAGAAGUAACUUCUCGUUUUAGAUAACGUCUGUAUAACUAGUGUAUCUUUCUCCCUACCUCAGGAACGCAUAUAUGCCAUUUCGUCUCUGGUUCUCUGCCCAAUAUUAAGAGUAAUCGCGCAAUCUCAUGUAUUUUUUCUUUCCUCGAAAAAUUAUUGUCGGUUUCAAAUGGAAAUAUGAAAUUGUCUCUUUGUUUUUUCUUUGCAAGGCGAAAGGGAAGUAGAGAGACAGUACUUUGGCAGAGUAUUAUAAUGAAGGAGGGCUGGCCUGACAAAAUAACUUGGCACCCAUUGUACAUACAAUCUAGAAAUACCGGGUUAUCCCCAUGCCGUUAUUUUAAGAUCAACAUUAGCGGGUCUCGGCGGUUCGCAGGCUUUUUUUUCGGUGUAAUAAACGAGUUUGGAUACAAACACCAAUACAUGGGACACAGACGUGCGCGUCUCUCACACCUUGAGUACUAAAAAAUUACAUAAAGACUCGUGUUUAACUAUUUAUUGUCGCUUUAAUUUAUUUUUUUAAACGAGGGAGAGAAACUGCGCUUGCAAUAUAAUUUGGAAGUCUCAAUUCAUUAUCAUUGAUUUCGUGGAUCUAGAGAUGAAUCACUGCGCUGAUGAGGCGCAGUAUCCUUAUCUAGUAACCUUGACUGUUAACAAUAGGAGCAAGUCAUUACUAAACAUGAUUUUUUCUUCUCGAAACUCUAUGGAAUUGUGAUUCAGGCAGUAUUUGAUUGUGAUAUGGAAUGGGUCUGAAAAAUAACAGCUUUAUUACGCAACUCUCCCCUCGGCAAAUCGAAUCUCUCCGCGUUUAGCAGAGGUAGAGGAUCAGCGGUUUAAUUAUAGAAUGUAUAAAACGUUUUUUUUUCAUAAAUUUCACUAUGAAGAACUUGUUGCUCCUGUGCCUCUGGUCAGUUGAUUAAAUAGUCAAAACUUGUUUCUUUUAAUUUGUCAUUUGAGUGAUCGAGCUAGGCUAAUGCAAAUGCCAUCGAGUGGAUAAUAUCAGCGGGUAGUGAGUGAAUAAGAAAAUUACCGAAAUUGAUGUCAACUCGUCUUUUCCAUUUUCCACUUUGAUGUCCAUAACGAUUUGAGAAAAAUACGGGUGUGAAAACGAGUGGUGACUCUCGGGGUGGGUGCAAUACAAUAAUAACCAAACAAUCGAUUCACUUCAAUCCUUUUUCAACAAUAAAUGAACCAGAUAAAGUCCAGGUGAAGAAGAGAGUCUUGAUAACUCGUUGCUUGUAUUGAUGUAUCUUUUAUUUUGGCCGUGGUGAAGGAAAAUACUUUUAAAACUAAAUAGAAAAAUGUAAACAUUGAAAAUACAAUAUCCGCUCGGUGUAAUCUCGGUGAGAUAAUCAUUGAAACAAAGGUGAGGGUAUGCAACCAGUUUCAAAAUUUUUGUAAAUACGAUUAUAUAUAACUUAAUGAAGGCAUAUUACUGGGCGUCCACUCAGCGCUCUUUUACGGUGUAUUAGGAUGUAAAACACUGAUGGAGAAAAUACAAAAAUAGGGAUAAUGAUUUACGUUAAUUGUCUCUGCGUUUUCGCACUGGGAUAUCCGUUAGUGUCCGUCUCUCCCCUCCUUAAAUAUAACUCGGUCAGUUCAUCGUAGAGCUGUAUCUGGUCGUAACUGAAAACAUAUAAAAUUGUACGAUUACGUAAGUGAAACGAUUCAAUUUUUUCGCGCUAUUGUACAUUGUUUCUGUGUUUUAUACAUACACAUCCGUAUAAAAGAGGGAAAAAUGUUUAAAUUUAGGUUCUAUUCGUGCGUAUUGAGCAGAGAUAUUAUACAUAUUAAAUAUAAAUUAAAGAAAUAUAUAUUCUCGAUAAAGCAUGGCUUGUGUUGUCUCGAUUAAAAUUGUGAUUUUAUUGUUUUAGUAUUUUUUUGGUCGUUGAUUUUGAGCUUCUUUUGUGCAAUCAGAUGUUUAUCUCAGAGGUCAUAAUCUGCAGGGGAUACGGUGGGGAGACGGCCUGCUUUACAGGCGAGAUAAACAAUCACUCGGUUAUUUGAGGCAAUGCUAGCCGUGUGUCAAUGUUGUUUUGUCUAUUUAUAGAAAAGGGAUAAUAUGGAGCUGAUUGAAGAGAAAUUAAAAAGAAAAAUCUUUGGAAAAAAAAGAGUGAAACAUCCAUUUAAUGUCAACCACGCGUAUGUAUUAUUGCGCGGCACCGUCGAGUGCCUCUUUAUUCGUUUUCUGUAGAUAACUGAAGUUUUCAUAAUUAAAUGUCUCCAGCUCAGUAAUUA